AUGACAUCUCUUGCGCAAAACGUCGUCGUGAUCGGCUCAUCCGGUCAGGUCGGCACUGCCACCAUCAAGGCCCUCGCCGCCAAGUAUGCCAGCAAUACCAACGUCAAGGCCGGAGUGCGCGACCCACAGUCGGCCAAGGCCCGCGAAAUCGAACGCCUCGGUACCAACAUCCACGUUGUCCAUGCCGACAUGAACGACAAGCCGAGCAUCCGCACCGUCUGCGCCAAUGCCGACGCCGUCUUUGUCGUUGUCCCUGGCCACAUUGACCGUGAGCGCCUGGCUCAGAAUGCCAUUGAAGGUGCCGUGGCAGCCAAUGCCAAGUUCAUCCUCUUGCUCAGCGUCAUCACCGCGGACACUGAUACCAUUUUUGGACGCCAGUUUGGCCCCAUCGAACGGUAUCUGAAGAACAAGAUCGUGGAUUACGCCAUUCUACGUGUGCCAUUCUUCAUUGACAACCUGUGGUCGUCGCAAGCCACCAUUCGCAGCCAGAGCAAGAUUUAUGCCCCGGUGAAUUCGCGCAAGAAAUUCUCCCCCGUGGCCGUGAGCGACGUGGGUGAGGCUGCUGCUGCCAUUCUGGCCAACCAUGAGCCUCACCAUGGCAAGACAUACAAGGUGGCUAUGAAGCCGACCUCGUACAGCAAGAUUGCCAAGAGUGUGUCCAAGGUGCUGGACAAGGACGUAGACUACGUUCAAGUGUCAUGGGAUGAGACCAAGCAGGCCUUCCUGCAAUUGGGUUAUCCUGAAUGGCAGGUGAAUGGCAUGAUGGAGCUCCUUCGUUACUUUGACAAGGGCAGCAAGGUCACCAAGGAAAAGUCGUCAGACGUCAAGGAGCUGACCGGCCACAAGGCCACGGGCGUCAAGAGCUGGAUGCGCCCCAAGCAGGCUGCUUUCCACUAA